AUGGAGGAGCCGCCGGCGAAGCGAUCCGCUGAAGAGCAAUACAGGAGUUAUUGCGAGUAUUUGGAUCGUGUCGAGACCCGAAAUGCGGCGAAUGAGAUAUGCGCGAGUCUGAAUCACGAAACGGCGGGUUGUCAAUGUUUUGAAAAGAUCGAGUCGAUGGUGGAGUUUGAAGGGCUCGACACGAAAGGACGAACGGUUUCAUUUCACGGCGAGAAACCCGACCUACUCCGACCGGCAUUGACGAUAAAAUCGCUGUCGAAAUCGACGCCGUUGACGAGCGUCCGAAAGGACAACGACGAGGCGAAACGACGACGCGAAAUCAAAACCAAACUGUUCAUGGAUCUCGGCAUUAUUCGCACGAACGAUGGGAUCGAUGACAAAGAGAAUAAGCGCGAGGAGACGAUCAAGCGCAAAGUCAAAGAAACGAUCGUCACGACGUACUGUGAGCUGUGCGCGCAGAAUUUCAGCAGCGCCAAAAUGCUGCUACUUCAUAACUCAAAAGUGCAUGGCACAUCGUCAUUGGAAUGUCAUAUGUGUUUGAAGAAAUUCAACACGACGUCGGCGUUCAAUAAGCAUAUGAAAACGCAUUACGGACCGACGGCACUUUAUCAUGUGCAAUGCGAGAUGUGCGAUAGAAAAUUUAAGGAUAAGGAAAGUCUAACAACACAUAUGAAAGUCACUCAUUUUCCGCAUGAAACUUGA